CCUUGAAUCAUCUGGGUUCUUACCAAAUUGUGGCCCUCAAACCAGCCUGGGUUCCAUUGCUAAAUUGGGCAAAGGAAGUUGAUCGAUUGGGAGGGAAAUGCCAACUCAAAAUCAUCAAUUCCAUUUAGAUGGGGAGUCGUUUUUCUCUGCCAAUUUCCCUUCCAAAUUGCUUCCAUUAAAGUUUGGUUGGGUUGGAGAGCUGGUGACCUUACAACUCAGGGAAUAAGCUACGCACCCUUUGAUUUGAGCAUUUAUUAUGGCUACGGCGCAAGGAACGAAACUCAGACCCUACUCUUUCAACCGCCCACUUCUCUGGAAACCUCCAUCUACUACUGUUACUGCUACUGCUAUUACUACUACUACCACCACGGCAGCCGCUGGAGUAACCCAUAGUCGUCUCUCUGUGUCGUGGCUUAUGCGGCUUGUUCAUUCCAAUGCCUCGCAGCCACAGCCACUGCCACAACGACCUCCGGUGUUACUUGGAGUUAGAUAUAUGCAACAGCAACAGCCAGAGUCCUUUCAAAGAUUAUUCUGCUCCGAGGCCACCGACGACAAGGAGAAGAUUAGGAAGAAAGCGAUAAACACCAAAGUAAACUUUUCUCUCUCCGAUUCUGAUUCGGAUUCUGACGAUAAUGAGAACAAGUCCAGUGUCGAAGCUAAGAAAGAAAUUGAAAAGAGCAAACUUCCUCCGCCUUACGAUCCCUUUAAUAAGAAGCCCGUCAUCGAGGAGCCCGAUGACCCCAAAGACCUUCAAUUCAUCUUCCAUAAGAUGCGGUCCGAGGGCCUCAUCAAUAAUGCCGUGAAGAUGUUCGACGCUUUGUCCAAAGAUGGCCUAACACAUGAGGCCUUGGAGCUUUUCUCUCAGAUCAAGGACAAGGGACAUAUGCCUGACGUGGUAGCCCACACUGCCGUCGUUGAGGCUUAUGCCAAUGCCGGUCAGUCCAAGGAGGCUCUAAAGGUCUUCCUGCGCAUGCUGGCCUGCGGAGUUGCUCCUAAUGCAUAUACUUACACCCUCCUCAUUAAGGCACUUGCUGCUGAUGGGAAACUGGCGGAUGCCAAUAAAUAUAUCUUGGAAAUGAUGAGCAAGGGAAUGCGUCCCAAUCCUGCUACAUACACUGCAGUGUUUGAGGCAUAUGCAAAGGAGCAGAAGGAGGACCAGGCCAGAGAGUUUCUGCAGCAGAUGAAGCAGAAGGGAUUUGUGCCUGAUGAGAAGGCUGUCCGGGAGGUUCUGGACAAGAGGGGUCAGGUAUUUAGAACUGUCAUCAACAUUCUGUUCCACAAGUAGUUGUUCUGGUAAUUUUAUUCUAGGCAUCAAAGUUUUGGAUUUUGACAAUGGACUAGUUUAAUUGUAACGAUUACAAUUUUUUUUUUUUUUUGGGUGUUUGAUAUUUGGGUUUUUCGUUACCAUGUCCUUGUCUUGUGUAGAGUUCAUCUUUUUAGCUUUUCAAUGGCUAUGCUUUUUGGUCCUUCUCA